AUGAAUUCCGCAAACGCCAGGGAUUGCCUCCUGCAUCUGGCUAAAGCUAAGCUCUCGGAGCGAGAAGAUCUAGUCCGGCUCAAUGAUCAGCUAGUGGACAUUAUUGAGAGUGUUCACUUCAUGGAAGCUGAGCAUGCCGCAUUGGAGCACGACCACAACUUGCUCAAAACCGGCGUCCAAUCCGACAGCAGUGGAAUCAACGAGAUCUAUGAAGUUGAAAUUAGAAAUGUUAGAGCCGGUGUCGAGGAUAUCAAUAGAAACCGUCAGCAGCUUCUUCAUGAGCAAUCUACUCUCUCCCAACAGGUCAAGGAGGUCGAGCAACAAUGGAGACACACUGCUCAGUCAGCUUUUGGAGUUCCAAAAGAGGUUGAUGAGGAGUUUGCUAGAAUUUGUCAGAUCAAGUAUGAGAAUUGUAUUACUCUGAAAAGGAUUAAGUACAUGGAGGAGAAGAAUCGAUUGACCAAGCAGAAUAAAGGACGCAUUUUUGAGCAGAUCAAUUUGAUGAGAAUGAGAAAAGAUCAAGCCGUCAGUCUCCAACAAGAAUACCUCCUUCGCAAGAAUGAACUUCUCAACAGCAUCCGCAACCUGGAGGAGGACAACAAGAGAAUCAUCAUGAAUGAACACAAGUAUUUCACUCGCGACCGUACUGCCGAUCGCCACGUCUUCCGUGACCAGCUCCGCCAGGCUAUUAACGAUAUCCGUGCGGACUACGAGUUCAAGCGUCUCAGAAACGAGGAGGAGAUUCGUGUUCGUCUGGAAAGAGAAAUGAACAGAAUCAACUCAAAUCCAACUGUCAGUAUCACUUGGGACAGACUGAAGGAUGAGCUUUCGGUGGUGAAGACCAACUGCGCAUCAUUGCAACAACAAGUUUCCAAUGUGGAGAUCAGAAAUGCCACUCUCACUCAACAAAUCGAACUUCUUCGCUUGGAAAUUUCGGAGAACAAUCAAUCAUUCGAAAUCAGUCUUGAAUCGAAGAUUAAGGAGAUUGAGAAGCUCAGAGAGCAGUGCACAUCUAUCAGUGUCGAGUUGGAGAAGCUCUGUGAUUUGAACAUUGAUCUCGAGAAGGAGAUAGCUGUCUACCGUAGACUUUUGGAUGGAUCAGGAAAUGUGACUACCCACACUGGUAGCCCCAUACCAACGGGACNUACUUUCCCAUACCAACGGGAAUCUCGCUCUGCUAGUAGCAGCCGCGUCUCUGUGAUUGACACUCAUUCCGAAAGAUAUCCUCCAGUCCCACUACCACCGGCACCAACUAUUCCAUUGCCACCAACACCAGUUCCAGCUGUAUCAGUUAUUCCACUCUCACCAGCUCCAAUCCCAACUCCAAUCCCAGCUGCUCGAAACUCGGGACACUAUGAUGGCUAUAGCUCGUCUACAUUGCAGAAACGUCAGGAAUCUUCUGGACAAUUGUAUACAACUCAGACCACUGGAAUCGGAAGUGGAAUCGGAAGCGGAAUUGGAAGCGGCAUCGGCAGCGGUAUCGGAGUUGGAAUUGAACAGAGGAGAACCUAUCCCGCUUAUGACACUCCAUACACCCCAAAUAGAGUCGAGACUCCGAGAAGAGUUGAGGAAACUCGCUACGACACCAGUCACACUAGACCAGCUAGUGAAUACACCAGAGUCUCCCCAUCAUUCCCUCCAAUCCGGCCAAUAUCUGAAACCAUCAAUACCGGCUACGAGGCCUACAAAUCCAGAAGAAGCGGUCCCCAUGAGGCCCGACCAGGUAGCCAUGUUGGCUCCCAAGGUAUCCACGUUGACACCCACGUUUCUCACGUUAGCACCACCGGAGCUCAUCAUGGUACUCAUAGUACCCACACCCACACCCACGGAAACCAGCACUCCGUCAGCAGCAGCGCAAAUGGACACAUUAAAAUUGACCACUACUCUCCACCACGAAGACCUUCUCCAUUCCCAGAAACCACGAAACCAUAUAAUGGAGGAAUCGAGGAGAGCAGCAGUGAGUGGUGUUAA